AUGGCAUGUCUAGAUGUUCAAACAAGAUGGAAUUCUACGUACUUAAUGUUGAGCUCCGCUGAGAAAUAUGAAAAAGCUUUUGCCCUACUUGAGGAGAAUAAGGGUAAGUAUUUUGUUGCUCCUAGCUCUAUUGAGUGGGAAAGUGCUAGGCUAUUUGUGAGGUUUUUGAAAUCUUUUUAUAAUGCCACAUUGAAGUUCUCUAGUUCAAAAAAUGUCACCUCCAACUCAUAUUUCAUUCAACUUUGUAUUAUUCAAAAUACUUUGAAUGAUGGUAUUUGUAGUGAUAAUCAUAUUCUUAGUUCAGUGAGUUUUGAUAUGAAAAGAAAAUAUGAUAAGUAUUGGGAGACUGUGGAGAGGAUUAACUUAUUGUUGUAUGUGGCAUUUGUUCUUGACCCACGUUACAAGAUGAAGGGGUUAGUAUUUUGGUUGAGAAGACGCAAUGAUGUUGAUUGGGCGAAAUUUAUCAAUGAUAGAGUGGACGCCCUCUUGAACUGUUUGUGGGAUCAGUACAAUUUGUUUCAUGGGGAGGAUGGGUUAUCUAACUUUGAUGUAGGUAUACAAAGUUCAAUUCCUACUUUUUCAAAUGUUGAUGAUGAAGACUUGGAGGAUCAAGAUGUGAAAUAUUUGAAGGUGUUCACCCAACACCAAGAAAAGACCGACUUGGAGUGUAAGUCGGAGGUGGAACGAUAUUUGUCUGAUUGCACUGAAGGACGUAUAUUAGAUUCAUUUUGGAGUUCAUUAUCUCCACUUGCAAUUGAGGCCUUGAUUUGCACACAAGACCGGUUAAAGGGCUACCCAAAUAACAUUGAGGAGCUGCAGAAGUUUAUGGGAAUGGAAAGCUAUGAUGAGCCCGGAUAUAGCUAG